CUCAAAGAGAACUUGAAGCAUUACGGCUAAUACUUCACUAUUUCCCUAUCCCUAACCUUGAUACGAAGCUCUCUCGUCUUCCCAUUCCUUAAAUCCCUUCGGCAUGCUCCAAUUCAAACACUCCAGGAAAGGGAGCUGCCACGGGCGGUUGAAGUCUACAUCUCGGCCUCGCAUUUCGGUGACCUUGAGAGCAAACAAUCUAUGCUCUUGAUUGCAACUACCCUUCUAGGGCGGAUGGCGCAACCAUCUGCCGACCUCGAUAUAAGCAUCAGAUUACGUCAAAUGGCACUCUCCCUCCAAGCGCCAAGCGGGGGCACAAGGGACACGAUACUUCCUACUCUCCCACAGAUCCCUGGCCGGAAAGGGCAUGCUUUAUUUGGAGAGUUCUUGCUCCUUCAAUCACAACAACGAAUUGAAGACGGUCAUAUAUCUCUUGCAUGGCAACCACUACAACAAUGGGCCCCCCAAAAUGUAGCACAGCCUUCAAGUAUUGAGGCCGUCAUCUCUUCUCGGGUCGACUUCAUGAAGGGGAAGCUUUGCCGGUUUCAAGGCGAUUUCGGAUCAGCAAGUCGGUAUCUUGAGCCACUUGCAAGUCAAUAUCCUGCGCCUCGGAUACAAUUCCCUGCACGUCUUCAUUUAGCAGUUGUGUAUGGGGAGCUUGGCUUUUGGGACAAGGCACAGGCUAUUUUGGACCAAACGGAGCCGCGGACACAGAAGCAACAGCGCCUUCUUCGACUGGCGAGAGCAGAGGUCCGCCUUGCCCAAGGAUUAGACAAACUCGCUACGACGCCGGCCUUUAGAUCCGAUGGUUUCUUUGACUCGGCAAACGAAAUCUUCCACAGUCUUUCCGACGAGUACCAGGACCUUGCACCAUCUGGGAAAGGCAUGAGACGCAACUUCUUUCGUGUCUGUCUAGGGCUUGCGAUCAUUGGUCACGUCAAACGGCGACACAAGCCUCAAUUCGGCAUGAUACAGGCGCUGUCAUACUGGCAACGUGCAUAUUUGGCGUGCCGGGGAUGUCUGGUGAAAUGGGAAGGAUUUCCCAACGUGGUUUGUCUCCUCUCGAUGGCUGAAAUCAAGGCGUCACUUGCUGAUAGGUCUGGUGACGCUGAUCUCGACCACGCUAAGGAGAUCCUGGCCCAGUUAAGCCGGGACAACGUUGAGUCUCGGUUCUUCUUUGCAAAUCUUGGAACCCGAUGGGCUCAGAUAAUAUGCGAUUGGCUUGAGCAAGCAGGCAAGCCACGGGUGCUUACAGGCCAGGGAAGCGGGCUGGGGUAACAGAGUGGCUACAUGUAUGGUGAGAUGGCCGGGAGGAUAAACAAUGGACGGUCCGAUUGGUUGCAAGAGCGUCUUGGUUUUGCCAGGUCUGUGGAGAGGAUGC